AUGCUUCCCGAUCUCGAGACCACCACCCUCCUUGAAUGGAUUAACAGCUUCUCUCUGGGAACUGUCAUCCGCUGCAGUGAAGACCUGAACGAUGGGUCUAUUCUUUGGGAGAUCUUACAGGAUAUCGAUCCGUCGUACUUCCUGGGGGCUCUCCCAGAAAAUGCACCGGCCGACCACUGGGUUCCCAAAUGGCAGAAUUUGAAGCAUAUCCAUAAGCUGUUGAUCAGCUACCUUCGAAACCAGAACGAUGGCGAACUACCCUCAGGACUCUCUACCGUCCCGGACCUUAAAGCGAUCGCCGAAAAAGGCUCCGUCAAAGAAACCAACCGGCUGUUAAAGCUGCUGUUAAUGGCAGCAAUUGGAUCUCCGCACGCAGAAGCUUAUAUCAUGACGAUGCAGAAGCUCACCACGCCGACACAAGAAGGGCUAAAGGACAUCAUAGAAGAGGCGCAGAACCCAUCGGACGACCGUCUUGAGCAGAUCAAUUUUGAGCAGGACGAAUAUAGGGCUAGGCGUGAUAUUGCUAUGGACCCGGAAUUACAAUUUGAGGAGCGAGUCGGAAAACUCCUGGCAGAGAACGAUAAACUAUCCAAUGAAAAGAGGGAGUUGGAAAAGUCUCUGGCAAAUUUACAUGAACGCCUAGCGAAACUUCAAGAAAAUAGCGAUACAUUAGAAACAAAGCUAUCGUCCACCGAAGAUCGGUUGGCAACGCUCAAGGCUGGAAAAGGAGACAGAGGACUUGAUGCCACCGGCUUUGAAGGCCGCGGUCGUCAGCAGGAGGACAUCAUCGCCUCCCAAGAAGCAAGGCUGUCGACGGCACAAGAUGAAAUUGACAGUCUUCGAAUGUCGCUUGAAUCAAUGCGCCAGAAAACGGAACGGUAUCAAAAGCUACAGGACGAUUACGAUGAAAUUAAAAACGAAAGGGAUCAGCUGUCUAGAAAGGCAAAUGCUGCCGAGAAGUAUCGCCAAAAGCUUCAGGCAAGCCAGGAUUUUGAAAAAGAAAACCAAGCGCUUAAAAACCAGGUGAAUGACUUAAAGCAACAGUUGAAAGAGAGCGACUCUAGCCAGCGCCUUUCAUCUGAACACAGCAAAGAACUCCAAAAAUACAAACAGCUUAUCACUCAAAUUGAGCUGGAUCAUCAUGAAAUCCAAAAUUUGAAAAAACAACUGGAAUUUGAUAAUCAUGCUUUGACCGAAAGGCUACAAGGCUCCGAAGAACAGCACUCUCGAGACGAAGCUGCCAUUGCCGAAUUACGAGAACGGAUAAGGGAGCUAGAAGGCCUUGAGAGCCCUGCCACUGGAAAUUCGACGCCAAAAGAUCAAGGGACUUUCCAACGCGAUCUUGAUGAAGCUGGAAGGCGGGAGGCUGAACUUGCCGAAAAUGAGCUUCAAGCCGAUCUCGAAGAAAUAAAAGGUAGCUCUGUAUUAAGUGAACCUAACAUUGAGAGCGAAAUAUACCGAAAGCUGCAUGAAGAAUAUGCGAGCCUCCGCACUAGACUUACCGUAUCUGAGACCCGCGCUGAGACUACUGAACGUGAACUCUCAGAUGCAAAGAUUGAUUUGGAACUUGUGGACAAAGAUAAGGUAGACAUCCUUAACGAAAUUAAGCAAUAUAACGGCUCGGAAUUGGCAAAGAUGCGUGCCGAUUGGGAUACUCUUCAGAAUAGGAUCCGCGAGCUUGAGGGUAAAUUAGACGUUAGCAGAACUAUCGUCAGAGAGGUGUGCAGUGAGCGGAAUGCUCUUCGUGAGAUACGGGAUAGAAGGGAGCAAGAGGUCCGUGAAGAAGAUCGGGAAACGUUGCAAGAGAUGAAGAGGUUACUUGAAGAGUUGACGGCCAGAAUGGACGGCACUUUGAAGACCCCGGAGCUGUCACCUUUACAGCUUUUGAAGCGGUUCGCUGAUACGACUGAGAAGAGCGCUGAUAGCCUGGCGAAACGCUCAGAGCAAAAUGAGCUGAUCAAGUCGUUGCAAGAGCGACUUGAGAAUUAUGAGGGGCUGCCUGGUGAUUUGGAAGGGUAUAAGACAGCCAAGGAAAAGGAGGCCGAACUCAUGCAAGUUGUCCAACGUCAAGCCCGAGAAAUCGCCCUCAUAUCUUCCGCCUGGUACAAUUUCCAGUCACGGCUGCAGAUUCAUAAUGCCGGUAACAUGGCACGAUACAACCAUCGCAGCAUUGCGUCUCCUGAUGCAGGACGGACGUGGCUGGCAAGGCAGCGGGCGAUUGUAGGUGGUGCUGGAGGAAGAGGGGCUGCUGGGGGCAGGGAGCCUUGA